CUCGGGCUGCUGAAAUCGCUCUUCCCCGUGCUGCCGCCAGUGCUGCUUCCCCCUGACCCUUCCUGACAUGGCUGAGGGCAAGAUCUUCCAUGAGGCGUCCGCAGCGCUCGACGCGUGUCGAGCGGGCAUAGAUGAGGUGGACAACGAGGUGCGGCGGACGAAGGCGGGCGUCAUAGACCUGGUCCAAAGCAGAGGGGGACGGUGGGCGGCUGACAGUGCGGAUGACUGUGGUGGAGGUGAGAAUGUGCACAUCAACGCUGGCGGAGAGGCCUUCACUGUCCCGCGACGCUUCUUCCGUUCGCUCGAGGGCACGCUGGUUGCAGAGACCUUCUCAAGUAUGUGAGGCAGUGAGACGGUGAAGCAAAUCUAUGUGCUCAUCUCAUCUCAUGACGUGGGUGUGACUUGCGUGUUCGAUGGACAGGUCGCUGGCAUGACGGUCUUCUCCGCGACAGCGAGGGUCGGGUCUUCCUGGAUCUCCACCCACCAGCAUUUGAGAGCUUCGUCAACGAGCUCGUCAGACACCACUGGCACCACGAGCUUCACAAGACGGCCACCACAUCUGAACGGCUGGACGUGCCGAGAGAGCUCGAGGAUGAUCCUUCAGUGGUGUUUGUCUUCAAGCUGCUGAUGCAGCCGAUGGCGCUCGACACGCCUGUGAGGGAUGACGAUGCGGCCAUGGUCGUCAUGGAUGUGGCGGAGGAGAGCGAAUCGGCGGCGCAUGAGAGGGCUCAUAGUGCGCUAAGCGAUGCACUGAAGAGGCUGGAAGGCUACAAGCGGCGCCUUGAGGGGCUCAGUGGGCGGCUGCAACAUCUACGAGAGGCCACGAAGCGGCGAGUGGCACUCAUGUCGCCAUUCCUGCAGCGCAAGGACGACGGCCAAGGUGCCCAAUGAGAGAUAGACAUGCCGUCAGCUUCGCAUGGGCAAGUGUGCACGUCCGUGUUGUGUGUGCGUGUCACUGUUCGUCGACCUUCAGAUGAGGAGAUAGUGUCUGUGACAGUCCUGGGCCGCCGCGUGUCCACCCGCCUGUCGACCCUCAUGGCGAUGGGCGAGCACUCCACGAUCUAUAAUCGCUUCCGCCGCUGGAGCGACGCGGAUAUCAUCUCGGCCACACCCAUCGACUCUCUGCGCCUCAUCGUGGACCUCUGCCGCCGCUUUGCCCUGACAGCCGAGCUUCCCGGCCAAGCAGCACUGCCUGGCGGGUCGCUCGAGAGCGGCCCGAUGUGGCGCACGCUCGACGACAAGAGGCAGGAGCUGUUUCUCGACAUGCUGGCCAUGUACAACCUGAGGCGGGAGGACUUCUGCAGGGGGCCGGAGGGCAGCACUCUGAUGUGCGGCGGGGAGAUGAUUGGACCGCUGGCCAAGUGGAUGCGGAGUGGAGAGAGGAUGCACCACAUGCAACUGCUCUACAAGUGAGACCAAACAAGGAAAAGAGAAAGAUCACUUCUCUCUCGUUUCCUGCUUCUUUAUUCAGGGCGUCUCGUGAUGGCUUCGAGUACAUUCGGCUCGCUGAGAAGCUGUCUGAUCCGCACCGCGCGCUUCUCAUCCUGGUCCGCUCAAGCCCCGGCCGCGAGCUGCUGGCCAUCCAUCUGGACGGACCUGUGAGGCUCCCACGCACACCCCUCACCGGUGCUUCAAUCACCUAUGUGCCCAUCGCCUUUAUCAAGCUCAGAGGCACACACGAGAGGCCAUGGACAGGUGAGUUGAUGAAUGAAUGGGUGGGUAUCCUAUUCUCCCAAAUGCAUGCCUUUCGUCUGUGUAUGUGAUUCACUCAGGUCGGAUUGCCCUCGACGGCGCCAAGGCUUCCGGCAACUUCGAGGGCUUGAUGGCCAUCACCAGCAGUGGUGGGUUGUGGUUCAAGGCCAACGGAGAGGUGUGGAUCGGCACCGAGGGUGGGAACGACCUCACGCAGUGCCGUGCCAAGAUGCGCCGCCGCACCGAGGCCCACGACACGAGCGACGACACGACGAGUCAGCCGAGGUGGCUGGUGGGCGAGGCUGACGAGUUUGUGAUCGAUGAGAUUGAGAUCUGCAGCCUGACGGCCAGGGCGUGGGAAGUGAAGGACAGCGAGGGGCGGGAUGGACCCGGGAGCAGGGCGUAGGUGUAGACAGACGUCUUGGCUCGUGUGUGGUGCAAUGUGUGGCAAUGACGUGCAUGCUUCUUUAUCAGAGUGUGGUUUGUGCUACGUCUUGUUCCAUCUCUGUUCUGAAGCCGACGUGGGUGUGGUUGGCAGGCAGCGAGUCAGUUUUUGUCAAAGAGAGUUUGUGUGUGUGGAUGUGUCGGUCACUUUCGGCUCGCAGCUCUGUCUGGCUGGG